AUGCUCUAUGGCCUCGACAUCGACGCGGGCGGCACAUGGUUUGGCACAACGCGCGACGGGCUGGUAGCGAUGCUAACAAACGUGAACGAGGCGUCUGUGCUGAGAACAGCAACUGGCGACACGCCUCGAUCGCGCGGCGAAUUGGUCCGGGACUGGCUACUGAAAUCCCAAGCAAACGCAGAUGUACAAGCAUACCUGGACGCUGUCCAUGCAUGCGCAGACGCAUAUUCUGGAUUCAAUUUACUUGUCGGCGUGACAACCGAUGGAAACGCGACGCUCGGCUACGUCUCCAAUCGACCCGACCCGAUAAACGAUACCAUGCUCGAAGUCGGCCACGCUGUUUAUGGUCUCAGUAAUAGCACGCUGAGCACGCCGUGGCCCAAGGUCGCGAAAGGCGAACAGCUGCUUUGUGUGGCGCUGGAUACAUGCAAGGACGAAGCGUCACUGAUCGAGGCACUCUUUGGCAUGCUACGGUACGUUCCCACCGGUGCUGACCCAAGCUGGACUGCAGGCCCAGUGCGCAGUGCGAGCGAAAUGCAGAAUACGAUCCGCGUAGAGCCGUUCCUUUUCCCUAGCAGCGUAGAUCGUACGCGCCGGCUAAGUGAAGAGGACAGCGCAGCAUACGCGGCACGAAACGAGCCGUGUCCCAUGGGCUGGUAUGGUACGCGUACCUCUACAGUGCUGCUCAUCACACGUGAAACACCCCCUCGAGCAAUCUAUGUGGAACGUGACGUGUAUCAACUUGGUCUUGGACACGAGCCCCCGACACUGAUCGAGCGGCAUGACGAGCGGCACGAACGGCGAUAUGAAUGGGUGCUUGCGUAG